AUGAAUCAAUCCAUUCUUGGGUGCAAUUCGCAUGAGCACAAUUUGGCGGCAAUUGGUCUUACCAAGGAAUAUCAUACAAAGCUAUCAAACGAAUGCAAUGAGAGGCACAACUUUGGAAGAGGCAUUAUCAUUGGAGGAGCUCUAUGCUGGAAACAAUCAACACAAGCAUCGAGCAAUUAUCGCAGCUAUCAAGCUACACCUGACAUCGGUCACCACCAUGCCAAGAACGCAAUCCUAUCAUACAACAAAAUCAAAAGCAAAAUGCAAUAUCACAAAAAAAGCACGUCAGCAAAAGCAUAUCAAAAAAAGGCAGCAGCCAUAUCAUACGAACAGCAACGGUCCUCGAUCUUCCUGCGACAAAGCAAGUUGAAUCAUACAGAGAAAGGCUCUCUCAAUGGAGCAGACCACAAUAUCAUUGUCAUGUAA